UCGAACUCUGGACACGAAGGAGCGUCGACCUCUGGAUACAAAGGAGCGUCGACCUCUGGACUGGAAAGAGUGUCAACCUCUGGACUGAAGAGAGCGUCGACCACUGGACUGGAGAGAGUGUCGACCUCUGGACUGGAGAGAGUGUCGACCUCUGGACUGGAGAGAGCGUCAACCUCUGGACUGGGGAGAGUGUCGGCCUCUGGACUGGGGAGAGCGUCGACCUCUGGACUGGAGAGAGCGUCGACUCAGGACUGGAAAGGGCGUCGACCACAGGACUGGAAGGGGCGUCAACUUCAGGACUGGGGGCGUUGAUCUCCAUCGACUUCUGGUCCGGAGGCGUCGACUUCUGGUCCGGGGGCGUCGAUUUCUGGUCCGUCGACUUCUGGACCAUCGACUUCUGGUCCGGGGGCGUCGACUUCUGGUCAGGGGGUGUCGACUUCUGGUCCGGGAGCGUCUGCUUCUGGACCGUCGGCUUCUGGACCGCCGGCUUCUGGACCGUCGACUUCUGGACCGUCGGCUUCUGGACCAUCGACUUCUGGUCCGGGGCGUUGACUUCUUGUCCGGGGGUGUUGGCUUCUGGACCGUCGGCUUCUGGACCGGAACCGUCGACGUCUGGAGUGGAGGCGGAGCCGCUGCAGGAGGGGAUGCCGACUUCUGGACUGGCCGGCCCGGGGGAAGAGCCUCUAGGGUCACUGCUGGGACUGGAGCGGACUGAACUGGUGGCGCCGGAAACUGGGAGACCAGGGAGGCUAGAGUGUCCAGCUGGAGCUCCUGGAGAAUGAGGCUCUGAUGGAGUUGGGCCAGCUCAGCUCGGAGACCGGCAAGCUCUGCUGGGGUGACUGCGGGCUCGAUCCUUUGGCCUGGAGACGAGGGAGCUGCUGACUGGACCGACACCUUCUCCUGGUGAUUCACGGAGGAUAGGGUGUCCAGCUGGAACUCCUGGAGACCGGCGAGCUCUGUCAGCUGGGCUGUAGGCAUGGUUCCUCUGCCUGCUGAUGAUGGAGACGCUGAUUGGACCGGAGACGGGACUGCUGGUCUGACUGGGGGCGGGCCCAAGCUGGUGCGCCGAGCCGGGGCAGCGGCGAGCUCGCGGCUCUGUCCUGGGACAUGGGGUUGCGGUGGAGCCCGGCAUCUUCCCCACGCAGUGGGUCAACCCCAGGGAAGCACACAGCCAGUCUGGUGCCCACGUAGCAGGAGCGAUCUGGCAGCGUCUCCCGGUCCAACCUCUCAUCUCAUUCCGAGAGGGUGGAGAGGAUCGCCGAGGCUGAAGUUCGGUGGCGCCGUCUGCGGCGAAGCGACGGCGGAGGAGGAGAAGCCGGCCGGUGGUCCGAGGAGAGAAACUGGAGCAGGCACUCCCAGGGGAGUUUACUGUUUGAUUAGAUUAAAGGCUGAUUCAUGCUUCUCCAUCAGCUCCUCAAGGGACAGACAUGCACGGAUUGAUGAAGCAUUUUGCUCUCAUACUUCUCCGUUUCCUGAGGAGUGUUGCAAAGCAAAUCCCUGGCAGGACAACAGAGGGCGUAGCGCUGUUCUUUGGUAUCCUGUCAUGUAUCUGGUCCAAGAUAGUCUGUUUAUAUUGUUUUUGUAUAAAAGAGACUUUUUAACAGGGACAAAUUUGUCUCUCAUUCUCCUCCACCUCUUCAUGCACUCGCAACCUCUAAACCCACGUCUCCUGUCAUUUCCAUCCACAAAAAAAAAACGCUUGCUGCGUAUCUUUUCACUCAUCCAGUCACGGGGGAAUUAAAGUUUUUAUUUUAGUGUUUUUUUCGUGAG